AGGAAGGAAGUCGUCGGAGCCCUCGACGCCCGGAGCGCGAGGAUGGCCGCGCGCGGUGUGUAGCCCGGGCCGCGUGGCCUCAGGCCCUCGUUGUCACCGCUGCCCAGUGCAUGUGGGUGCUGGAGACCCGGCGAGGCCUGCGGGCGCCAGGGAGAGACUGCAAACCACGUGCGGGCCAAGUCAGCGGUGUCCGUGAGGGUCAGCCCUGGUUUCGGGCCUCCACCAGCUCCAUGCUCCAUUCCCAGAAACCCUCGCGCCGGAGAUCCCUCUUUACAGGAGUUGGGCCCCUGGGCCCGGAGUGUGCGGGGUGACCUGCUUUGCAGGGCCUUCUGUGACGCCGUUUUCUCCGCUAACCCUCGUUCCCGUGUUUCUGGACUGGGAGGGGAAUCGCUGAGGCUGUUGGCCCACCUGGGCUGCAUUGCGCAGCCUUUCGGCUAAGAGACUGGACAUUCGGAGGAAACAAAGCUACUGGACAACAGGACCCGAAGAAACAGAGGACAACAGGAGCAAGUUUGUUGCAAAAACGAUUCCAGGUUGGGUCUGAGGACAAGGCUAGGCAUUGGUAUUUUGGAAAUCCUCCCGGCCCCCCAGCAACAGUUUUGACGUGAACUAUUUGGACUCUUCAGUGCUACCUGACCGAAAACUCCAUAACUGUACCGGAAAAGGAACACACAGCUGUGCAGAAUCUGAACCGUGAAAACCUGUAAGGUUAUUUACCAAAUACAACAUGUGCUCUCCUGCCAGUUCCAAAAUCCUGUACAGGAAUCCCCGGUUCCUCCGGGUAGCUUUUCUGCAGCUUCAUCACCAGCAGCAGAGCGGUGUGUUUUGUGAUGCCCUUCUGCAGGCAGAGGGUGAGGCUGUCCCAGCCCACUGCUGCAUCCUGUCUGCCUGCAGUCCCUUCUUCACAGAACGCCUGGAGCGGGAAAGGCCAGUUCAGGGUCGGAAGGUGGUACUGGAGCUGGGAGGCCUAAAAAUCAGGACACUUAGGAAGCUGGUGGAUUUCCUGUAUACUUCAGAGAUGGAAGUAUCUCAGGAAGAAGCCCAGGAUGUGCUCUCUGCUGCCCGUCAGCUCCGAGUGUCCGAGCUGGAAACCCUUCAGCUAGAGGGUGGGAAAUUAGUAAAGGCUCCUCAGGGCCGAAGACUAAACAGAGAAUGCUUACAACCACCAAGUGCUGCACCAAUCUCUGCCAGAGUGGUAGCACCUAGCCGCCGCCCUCGAACUCCACUGCCUGUCACCCAGACUCCUAGUCCUCUUGGAGCAGUGAGGUUUAAGUCCUUAGGGGAAGAAGAGGGGCCUCACAAAAAGAGCAACCUACCAAAUGUAGAGAGCUUGUCAGACACCCUUCUACUCAAAAAGAAAGCCAGGAUUUGCUUGACUCAAGAAAGAAGCUCAUCUCCAUCAAGCCAGAGAGAAGGGCCAAAGGAGUACAAGAAUAACCCUGCUCUAGGUCCUACAGCACUUUCCCAUCCCAGCUUGUACCGUUCUGUGGAUGAGCAACUGUUGCCCAGAAAGAUCAGGCUGAGUCGCUCAAAGCCAUCAUCCCAUGUCUGUACAUCUAAGCCUUCUAGUGUUUUAAGUGGUCCCAGUUCAGUGCCCACAGUCCCUGGCCGGCGUCUUUGGAGGCAGAGAAGUGUAAGUAAAUCAUCACAGGGUGUGGACAAGCAGAAGCCAGGGAAAGUCAGUCCUCUACAGAGCACUUCAGACCCACCUGAUGUUAGGAAGACAGGUGGGAGCAAGAAGCAGAGCCCUGAAUUCAGAGCACUCACCUCCAACUCUGUGGAAGAGGGGCAGGUUGGAAGAGUAAAGCUUAGGAAGAUUGUCAAUGGUACCUGCUGGGAGGUGGUCCAGGAGCCUCCCCUCAGAAACACUCAAGAUAGUCCCCAGAUCUUAGAACCCUCAGAUGUAGGAGAGCCUCCAGGAACUUCGCUGUCCUCAGUUAAUGAGCAGGAAACACCUGCUAGAUUACAACUGUGUCAGGACUCCCCAGAGAGCCCUAGGCUACAAGACAUUUUGCUCUCUGCUAGCCACUCCCCGGACCACCCUGUGGUGAAGUCAGAGUUUGGGUCCAGUCCAUUGCUGAUAGGGAAGGAACCUGUGUUGAAUAUUGACUGCAGAGAGCCCUAUACAUUUGACACAACCCUGCUAGGCCAGCCCUGUGAAGCUGAGCAGUAUCGAAUCACAAGUGCUGCAGCCACCAGUGAGCUGGAAGAGAUUUUGGACUUCAUGCUAUGUGGCUCAGAUGUUGAGCCACCAGUAGGGUCUUUGGAGAGUCCUGGGGCUGAAGGCUGCAGAACCCCAAGUUAUCACCUAUCAGAAACAGGAAAGAAUUGGAUUGAAGGGGAAGAAUGGUGUUUGCCAGACAUGGAACUGUGGCCCAGAGACCUCACAGGAUUGGAAAAGGAACCUGUUGUCGAGAACAAAGAGCCAGUUGAGCCCUGUAGUCCCCUUGUCAUGCGCUCUGAGAACACAGAAUCAAUUGAGCCCCUUAGCCCCCUUGUCAUGCCCUCUGAGGUGAGUAGAGAGGCACUUUCACGGAGAGGCUCUUGGACUCCAGAUCUUGAAAUUACCAGCUCCCAGCCACUGGAUGGUCAGGGAGAAAAACUUCUCCACCUUGACUCCCCUGACUCUUCCCAAAGGUCUUAUAGGGACCUCUCACUUCUAUGCUCAAAUUGGGCAGAGACAGGGCUGGAAGUGUCCCUAGGCAUGGAUGAGGUAUUAUCUCCUGCUCCCAAGGCAGUCAGGGAAGUGUCUGCUAACCCUGAACUGCUGGACCCGUUUCCUGGCAGUUCUGAAGAUGAAAUUGAUGUGGUAGACUGGCCAGUGGAGGGUAGGCUGGGGCCCACUAGUGUUCCCUCUGUCUGGCCUGACCCCUCCUCAGAGUCAGAAACAGAGGUAGAUAUACUAACAUAGUGGAGGCAGAGGGCAGGUUAGAGCUCCUAGGAGGGUGACAACUGUUGAUCAGCAAAAGGCUUUCUUGGCAGAAAAGCAAGCACAUGUCUCCUCCUCUCAGCACUGAUCUCCCCUUCCCAGGUUUGUGCACCAGGCAGAAAUCUAAUAAAUAGCAAUACCAUGGAUAGAAAAUUAUGAACUUGAGCUAUUUCUUUGUAAUCCAUUUUUCAGUGAUAAAAUAAUUGUGGUCCCCAACUCUAGUUAAGACAUAGGAAUAGUUAAGACUAGGCCUUUUACAGUUCAUGAGAUAUCUGACAGUCACUGAAAAUUCAGGAAAACUUAGAACUGUUUGUGGUUGGGUUCUAUUUAAAGAAUGUUUGAGAAGGAAUGAAGCUAUGUUAGGUGUAACACUGGAAUGAGAGUGGGAUCUCCUGAAAUUACCCAGGCUGGCACUCAACUUUGACUCCUGCCUCAGCCUCCUGUAGCUGGUGUUCUAGGACUGUGCCACUAAGCCCAGCCUAUGGGGCUUACUCACUGCCAGUAUGAGAAGUCUAGCAAAAGCCUCCACAGGGGCCUGGAAGAUGUUACCUCCAAAACCACUUCCAAGAAGUAGAUUAAAAGUAGUUGCUUUAAAAAAAGA